GGGGGGUCAAAAACAUUUCUUACAAACACUUCGUUUGUAUGGUAUAAGUGGCAAAAAAUAUGUUUACAGUCUGAACUAUACGUGGAAUUUGAAUUCUCUUCGAUGUACUGGCGACAGGGAAACCUGAAGCUUGUUUUGACUGAGAGGCACAAGCCAUUGAUGGGCCACCAGGAUCACGAUUCCAAUCAAACUGUUGAGGAGUGCUUGGAUUCUCGUAACGAUUAGGAAACGGCUGGGAUUAAGGAGUCUACAAAUGUGUAUAAACCAGUGAUGCUUUUCAGUUUCAAAAAUAAACAAGCGUUUCAAAAGAUGGUUUCGAUCAGUUUAGUGAACACCGUCUGACCUCCUGAAUUGACUCGAGAAAUGGCAACUAACUAUAACUCCGAAGAUGAUGACGAUUUUGGAGAAACAUUUCUAAAUGACAUUCCUAACAGUAUGAUUGGAUACAUCAUUGGACACGGAGGCCGUAGAAUACAGAAACUAAAGGCUGACACGGAAACUUAUAUCACAGCAAAAAGCGGACUGGAUGAUAAGACAUACUUUAUAAUUCAAGGCAAAGCCAAAAACCGGCGCCAGGCGAAAUUGAAAAUUGAAAAUACAGUGGAACUGCUUAGCAGUGGAACAACACAGAUUUACAUUCCUCAGUAUUUGAUUAGUCACGCUAUUGGAAGCGGAGGCAAGACAAAAAACAAAAUUAUGGAGGAGACAAACACUUUUAUCAGAACAGAAACAGUAGAUGAUGAACAAACGUACAUUUUAAUUCAAGGCAAAGAGGAAAACCGYCACCAGGCGAAAWCGAGACUUAAAAUGCAAGCGAGCAAAGGACAGUUGAAGAUUAGAGGACUACAAAUGACCUUUUUCCCUUGUGUUGACGCCCAAGAAGGAACAUUCGUGCUCCAGCCAAUUGAAAGUACUAAUGGAAAUAUUUCGAGGCUUGUUUUAAAGUCAUCAAGUAAUGAGGUAAUAUAG